GUACGUUUCUACACCUUUCUUGUGUUUUGGUCCUCGAUCAUAAACUUCCAAGUCACAACUUACAACACAAACUCUGACACACAAUUACAGUACAGCCCCUUUUGGCUUUCUCUUCUCUUCUCUUCUCUCUAUAACCUUCUCCUUUCUUCUUCCCUCGCUUUCUUUCACCAGGGGCUCAUCACCUCUUCAGAGUUCAGCCUCCGCACCGCACGCAAUCAACAACACAGGUUCCUCCUUUUUUUCAUCUCCCUUCCAACCUUCCUUUUCCUCUUCCUCUCACUGAUCUAAUCACCAUGCACCGCUUCCAAUGCUUCACCAUUUCGACUUCUUUCUUCCUGCCUUGAUCAUUCUCACAAAAAAAGUUUCUGCUUUCGAUGAUGGGUGGUUUCAUUCUUCAUUUACCCUCUUUUGCUGAAAUGGGUUGUGCUCUAUUUGGUCGACUUCCUUCACGAUUGGGAAAUAUGCCCAUCUCUGUUUUCCCUUACUUACAUGUAUAUUUUUUUGUCCUCUGCCGUUAAAGUCUCUUUUGUUUGUGCUUAUGUGAUCAACAAGAGAAAUCUCAUCUUUGAUUGUGGCUCGGAUUGUCUAGUGUGUUGUCUAUUCUUAGUGAGUUUCUUCUGAAAUUAUCUCUGUCUAUCUCUGCUAUUGACAGAAACGAGGAUUGCUUCUGUUCUACUGUUUGGGGGCUGUUUUAAGCUAUGGUGAGAAGUGAAGAAUUGAACCAGUGUUUCGAGAAGCUGAUGAUGACGGGCGGUGGAACCGACAUCAGUAAGAAGAUGGGAGGAGCGGCCAUCGCUGAGUGGAAGGAUAUUCCAAUGGAGCUUCUCUUGAGGAUUGUUUCUCUUGUUGAUGAUCAUCGCACGAUCAUAAUGGCCUCCCAAGUUUGUAGUGGCUGGAGGGAAGCUAUUUCCUUGGGCCUUACUCAUUUAUGCCUCUCUUGGUGCAAGAACAAUAUGAGCAACCUGGUUAUGUCUCUUGCGCCCAAGUUGAGGAAUCUGCAGAGUUUAGUGCUACGCCAAGAUAAGCCGCAACUGGAAGACAUUGCGGUAGAGACAAUCGGUAGACACUGCCAUGACUUGCAAGACUUGGACCUUAGCAAGAGCUUUAAGCUAACUGAUCGCUCUCUGUAUGCCCUGGCUCAUGGUUGCCCCAACCUGGUCAAACUCAAUAUCAGUGGUUGUACAUCGUUCAGCGAUCAUGGUAUUGAGUAUCUCACUGGAUUCUGCCGUAAGCUGAAGAUUCUGAAUCUUUGUGGCUGUGUUGGAGCAGCAACUGAUCUUGCCUUGCAGGCUAUUGGACGCAAUUGUAAUCAACUGCAAUCGUUGAAUCUCGGGUGGUGCGAGAACGUGGGGGACGUUGGGGUGAUGAGUUUAGCAUAUGGAUGUCCUGAUCUUCGAACCCUGGACUUGUGCGGCUGUGUGUGUAUAACAGACGACAGUGUGAUUGCACUGGCGAACAGGUGUCCGCACCUCACAUCCCUUGGCCUGUACUACUGCCAAAACAUCACCGAUCGAGCAAUGUACUCUCUGGUUCAUAGCCAGGGGAAGAAGAAGAAGCCGUCCACAUCUAUGUGGGAGAGCAUAAAAGCCAGGAAAGGGGAAGAAGGGUUGAAGAGCCUGAACAUCAGUCAAUGCACGGCGCUGACACCUUCUGCUGUUCAAGCACUGUGUGACUGCUUCCCUGCGCUUCAUACUUGCUCCGGAAGGCAUUCUCUCGUCAUGAGUGGUUGUUUGAACUUGACUUCAGUGCAUUGUGCUUGCGCUGUGCAGGCACACCGCAAUCUGCCCUAUAUCCCUCAUCAUCAUGCUCAUUGAAGCUCAAAAAAGUUCAGGGAAGUGUGCCUUUGCAGCACAUGGAGAGCCAAGCCUAGGUUUAAGUUUAUGCAUUACUUGUGGUACAAGCCAAGUCUGUGUAGCUGCAGAUGGACAAAGGUUUGUUGUUGUAUAACACUGUGAUGUUAAGAAUGUGACGGGCUUUUGCUAUCGACUAUUCGACUCUGGUUUUUGAAGAACCAUGUAUUUCUGAAUGCCGAUGCUUUACAGGAGUCAUAAGUUCAUGCUCUGUACUACAUUCGCGAAACUCCGGAAGAAACGUACACUCGCAUCGACAGAUGACAAUUUGAAAUGAGUGCUUGAUUCGGUAUAUUCGUAAAUGGACGUUAUUUAUCUCAAUUGUAUCUGUCGUGUGAUGCAUUUUUAAAAGUGUGAUGUUGGACUCACUUUCUUGGGAGUGAAUUUACAAAAUUAACCAAUGCGUGUGAAAUUAUAUCUCUAACUUCCAAUAAAUACGCUUAAAAUGC